AUGGAAUCUCGAGCACUAAGACCAAUCUCCAAGGCAGUUGUAGCUGCAGGUACAGCAGGAGCGAUUGCGACAGCUUGUUGGUUACUCAAUCGAAUCCUGGAUGACGAUGAACUCCAAUGUACUGAGGUCACACCCUCAUCGUAUCUCAAUCUCAUGGCUUCCACGACAUUCGACGACUACAAUCAAACUGCUAACACCCAACAACAACAAGAAGAAAACGAUACCGACAAGAGCUUUGCACUGCUACCUAUUGUCUCUGAAUCUGACGACGAGAUCGACGAGGACGCCAUGGACUACACUGCCGAUUACUUUACCCCACUCCACGAUGUCUGUAUCGUAUCCGUCAAUGUCGAGACAGUAGAUGUUCCAGUCAAUGACUUGAGUGAAUGCAGACUCUGCAGGACUGCAGUCAAAAGCUAUGACUCUAUCGACGACGGCAUGCAACUCGAUAAAAAGCCUCGGACACUAUCAUUUUCAAAUACUGAAACAAGCAGCAACGAUAGUCUGCUGUCUCUGUCGAGUGAAUGUGUCGAGGACGAGGAAAUACAAGGCCUUCAAACGUGCUCAAAGUCACAACAGUGGCUGUAUGUCAGACUGUAG